AUGACCACAAUGCGCCCCGAAGCUCGAGCAUCAGUUUCGGAUGGAUUAGAACGAGUAGACGAGGACGAUAUCUCCUUGUCCAGUACUUCCGAAAGUGGGUCGUCGGGUGCCCAAGUCAUUCUCACCUCCGACGAACGAGAUAAAAAGAUCCGAGAUCAGAUUAUCAAAAAAGAAGAGGCAGAUGUUAGGAAAGCGAAACUAAUCGUCGGCUCUGCUCUGAUUCUGUCCACUAUCUUAGUUAGUGUCUGCAUCUACAUUUUCGCAUCUAAAGCAGAGGUCCUCAAUUUCGAGCUCGAGCACGAAGGAUAUGCUAAGAACAUUGUGAACUUGGUAAAAUGGGAAAACCAGUAUAAUUUUGCUCUUAUGCAACAAUUAAGCGCAUCAGCUACGGCAUCUGCCGCCAUGACUGGCUCGGUGUUCCCCAACGUGACCCAGAAGUACUUCGAGAUCACAGGUGGCUAUGUGGAUGGCUUGGGCGGUAUAAUGGCAACUGCCUACGCUCCAAUUAUUGCAGCCGAGGAAGUGACUCAGUGGGAAACAUAUUCACAAGAGAACCAAGGUUGGAUUGGAGACAGUACUGUACUUCGGCAAGUCCAUCCGGGACAUAGACAACCCAUGGAAGGUACCAUUCAAGACCACGAAUUCGAUCGACGACUUGAUUCCGGGUCCAUCAAGCCAUAUAUUUGGCGUUGGGAAGAUGGCGAGCAAGUCCAAGAAACCACCUUUUCGGGCAAUGUACUGGCUCCUUUUUGGCAAAGUUCUCCGGCCGAUGCCGCUUCUUCAUCUCCCACGCCGUCCAAAUUGACAGGCUCUUUGAUUUCGUCUUUGACCUCCAUGAAAAAGAAAGAAAGAAAGAAGAACCCGCAUUCAUUUAUCAUGGAACCUGUCUACGCAGAGUUCUCCGAGAAUCCCGUUCUUGUCGGUAUUUUGAUUGCCAUUUCUGCAUGGGAAAAUUUAUUUGAUCGAGUGUUGCCAGAGGGAACAAACGGGCUAGUCUGUGUUGUAAAGGAUACCUGCGGCAACGUUUUUACGUACGAAAUCAACGGCGAAAUUGCAACUCAUCUUGGAUAUCUUGACCUCCAUGACGAGAGAUUUGAUCAAUACCAAAGAACAACACCUAUCGAGUUGUAUGAUUCCGAGGCAGCCAGCCUUUGCAAACAUGACCUUUACAUUUAUCCAUCGUCGACUUUCCGAAGUGCAUACAAUACCAACAGACCAGCCAUCUACAAAAGUGUAGUCGCGUUAGCGUUUGCUUUCACUGCACUACUGCUUCUCAUGUACGACAAGCUAAUCAUGUUUGCCGAUAUCACGGGCUUCACAUCCUGGGCCAGCGCAAGAGAGCCAUUCCAGGUAUUUGAGCUCCUUGAAACAAUAUACGGCGCCUUUGACGAGAUUGCAAAGAAACGUAGGGUUUUCAAAGUUGAAACUGUUGGGGACUGCUAUGUGGCUGUUGCCGGUAUCCCGAUGCAACGCAAAGAUCAUGCUGUUACAAUGGCCCGAUACGCUCGUGAUUGCCACCACAAAAUGAACGAGCUGACUCGUCGGCUGGAACUCGUCUUCGGGCCUGAUACCGCUGAUCUUGCCUUUAGAAUUGGUCUUCAUAGCGGGCCUGUGACUGGCGGGGUACUACGUGGGGAAAACGCCAGGUUUCAGCUCUUUGGAGACACCGUCAAUACAGCUGCUCGGAUGGAAAGCACAGGUGUUCGCAACCGUGUGCAUAUCUCUGAGACCACUGCCGAUCUACUGGUUCAAAGCGGAAAAGAACAUUGGCUCAAACAACGAGAUAUGAAGAUCAUUGCAAAAGGGAAGGGAGAAAUGUCUACGUUCUGGCUCCAACUUGGGACCGAGCACAGCGACGGAACGUCAGUCUCUGGUACCAAUCACGUUGCUGACAAGAAUGAAACAUUGGAGGAAGAAAAACAUAAGCUUCAAUCACUAGCUUCCGAUAAAACAAGACGAUUGAUUGAUUGGAAUGUCGAAGUGCUCUUGCGUCUCCUCGGUCAAAUCGUUGCGUGCAGAAUUACACACCCGGUCAAGAUUUCCGGAGUUUUCGUUCGGAAUAGCGCGUCUCCGAAGGGGCAAACAGUUCUUGAGGAAGUUAAAGAAAUCAUAACUUUGCCUAAUUUCAACGCCAAAAGCGCAGAGCUCAGAAAAAAAGAUUCGGCAACAACACAGCUCAAUGAUGAUGUGGUCCAGCAACUACGUGAAUACGUAGCGAAUGUUGCAGCUCUGUAUCGCUGUAAUCCUUUCCAUAAUUUUGAACACGCUUCGCACGUGACCAUGUCAGUAGUCAAACUGCUCAGCCGAAUAGUAGUCCCAGCGGAUGUUGACUAUGAAAAUCUUGAUACGGAUAAAAUUGCGUCAACCCUGCACGAUCACACCUACGGAAUCACUUCAGAUCCUUUGACUCAAUUUGCCUGCGUCUUUUCGGCUUUAAUUCACGAUGUCGACCCAUAUAUCGCCGAACAGAAUGCGGUUGAUUUGGCAUGGGAUCUGCUCAACGAAGACUCAUACAGCAGUCUGCGGGCGGCGAUAUAUCGCGACGACAUCGAGCGAAAACGAUUCCGACAGCUGGUGGUCAAUUUGGUCAUGGCCACAGACAUAAUGGAUGCGGAUCUCAAAAUCCUGCGCAAUGCUCGAUGGAACAAGGCAUUUUCCGAAGCAAGUUUGCAAGAAUCCAUGGUCCAAUCAACAAAUCGUAAGGCAACAAUUGUGAUUGAGCACUUGAUUCAGGCAUCAGACGUUGCUCACACGAUGCAGCACUGGCAUAUCUAUCGCAAAUGGAAUGAGCGAUUGUUCGAAGAAAUGUACAACGCGUUUAUUGAUGGUCGGGCAGAGAAGAAUCCGGCGGAGUUCUGGUACCAAGGGGAGCUGGGAUUUUUCGACUUUUACAUUGUUCCGCUUGCAAAAAAACUGGAGGAAUGUGGAGUCUUUGGGGUGUCGAGCGAAGAGUACUUGAAUUAUGCGCUACGCAACCGUCAAAAAUGGUCAGACAAAGGGCAACAAAUGUAGGGGAUAUGAUGCAGAAAUUGUCUCAAGGAGCGAGCCAAGUCAAAAGAAAUGAUUGCAAGCAAGACAUGCUUUUCCUUUAACCGUGGCGAUGUGUAUGCACAUGGCCGAUUUCGU